AAAGAGCACAGCUUUGUUUAUGAGACGCAAGGGAGCUUCAGCUACUAGUAUUACUUAUUGCUUAUUCAUUCCUAAAAAGCUUUAAAAAUGGCUGCAAAUUACAACGAAAAGCUUCUUCUCAACUAUGUUCCCGUCUACGUUAUGCUUCCUUUGGGAGUGGUGAAUGUGGAAAACGUGUUCGCGGACCCCGAAACGGUUGAAACGCAACUCAAACGUCUCAAAGAAGAAGCUGGAAUCGACGGCGUUAUGGUCGAUGUUUGGUGGGGAAUCAUAGAGUCCAAAGGCCCUAAACAAUAUGACUGGACCGCUUACAAAACGCUGUUCCAGCUAAUCGCCCGUUUAGGACUCAAAAUCCAAGCAAUCAUGUCGUUUCACCAAUGCGGUGGAAACGUUGGCGACGUCGUCACGAUCCCCAUCCCGAAAUGGGUUCGUGAGGUUGGUGAGAGCGAUCCAGAUAUCUACUACACUAACCGUAGAGGAACAAGAGACAUCGAGUAUCUCUCACUCGGUGUCGACAAUCUUCCUCUCUUCGCUGGAAGAACCCCUGUUCAGAUGUAUAGUGACUACAUGAGUAGCUUCAAAGAAAAAAUGUUGGAGUUGAUAGAAGCUGGAGCCAUUGUGGACAUCGAGGUCGGACUUGGUCCUGCCGGUGAACUUCGUUACCCUGCUUACCCACAAAGCCAAGGAUGGGUGUUUCCAGGCAUUGGAGAAUUUCAGUGUUAUGACAAGUACUUGAAGAGCGAGUUCAAGGAAGCAGCGGCCAAAGCAGGUCAUCCGGAGUGGGAUCUACCGGACAACGCCGGAGAAUACAAUGACAAGGCGGAGGAAACUGGGUUUUUCAAGACUAAUGGAACCUAUGUCUCGGAGGAGGGGAAGUUUUUCUUGACAUGGUACUCGAACAAGCUUAUCUUUCAUGGAGAUCAGAUCAUAGGAGAAGCCAACAAGAUCUUCGCUGGACUUAAAGUUAACUUGGCUGCCAAGGUUUCUGGAAUUCACUGGUUGUACAACCACCACAGCCACGCGGCGGAGCUUACUGCGGGAUAUUAUAACCUUUACGAGAGAGAUGGUUAUCGCCCGAUCGCUCGGAUGCUCUCAAAACACUACGGCACUCUCAACUUCACUUGCCUUGAGAUGAAAGAUACCGACAAUAGUGCUGAAGCCCUAAGUGCUCCACAAGAACUUGUUCAAAUGGUAUUGAGCAAAGCAUGGAAAGAAGGCAUAGAAGUUGCUGGUGAGAAUGCAUUAGAGACCUAUGGAACCAAAGGUUACAAUCAGAUUCUACUUAAUGCGAGGCCUAACGGGGUUAACCAUAACGGUAAGCCGAAGCUGAGAAUGUACGGCUUUACUUACCUACGGUUGUCCGAUACUGUCUUUCAAGAAAACAACUUUGAACUGUUCAAGAAGUUUGUGAGGAAAAUGCACGCUGACCAAGAUUACUGUGGAGAUGCGGAGAAGUACGGGCAUGAGAUUGUACCGUUGAAGACACCUAACUCGCACCUGACGGUGGAGGAUAUCGCGGACGCGGCUCAGCCAAGUGGAGCAUUCAAGUGGGAUACUGAAACCGACAUGAAGGUUGAUGGUUGAUCAUCUUAUCGUCAAACAAAAUAAGAGAAGGAAGUGGUAAUAAAAGGUUUUUGCAACGUCUACUGCAAAAAUGAUGGUGGCUACAAACUUUUUAUAUUCGUCGUACGUUUCGGUUACGGGAAUAAAUAAACCGUUUUGGUUUGUAUUGUGUGGAGUGAAGAGUGCUUGAUCUGAUUGAAUAAAGUUUGUGUAGUUAUGCUUGAAUAAAGUUAUAUGUAAUCUUGUGUAAUUAUCGUUUGAUGAAGUAUUUAAUAAAUUAAAUUAAUAAGCAUUAUGCUGAAAAUCUCUUUACCUUGUAUUAAAUCUAUACUAUUAUUAUUUGAGAAGUAAAUUUGCUUACUUA